UGAUAGUAUCACAUUCACUUGCACUACUACUUUUUGCUUCCUUUCAAUUUUUUAUCUCUCAAAAUUUAGCGACAGAGAUCGAUCACUCGAUGGGAAAGAUGAAUGAUGUUCUUUAUAAGUUGAGACCUUAUAUUCUUAUGGUAUGCCUGCAAUUUGGCUCUGCUGGCAACUACAUUAUCAGCAUGAUCACCCUUAACCAUGGGAUGAAUCGCUAUGUGCUUAUUGUUUAUCGCAACGCCAUUGCCGCUAUUGUUCUCGCUCCUUUUGCUCUUAUUUUCGAGAGGAAAAUAAGGCCAAAGAUGACAUUUAAAGUCAGUUUACAAAUACUGGCACUUGGAUUCUUAGAGCCAAUUCUUGACCAAGGGUUCAGUUACUUGGGAAUGCAAUACACAUCUACAUCUUAUACAUCUGCCAUUAUGAAUGCUGUUCCUUCAGUCACCUUUCUACUUGCUGUUAUUUUUAGAUUAGAGCGCAUAAAAAUUAAAGAGAUAAGAAGUCAAGCAAAAGUAAUUGGAACAUUGGUGACAUUUGGAGGAGCACUACUAAUGGCAUUAUACAAAGGGCCUGCGAUAAAUCUGUUAAGCUCUGGUGGAUCGGGUCAUCAUGCAAAUUCCGAUGACUCUGGUAAACAUUGGGUGACGGGAACAUUAUUAAUCAUGGUUGGUUGUGUGGCCUGGUCUGCUUUCUACAUAUUGCAGUCGAUAACAUUAAAGCACUAUCCGGCGGAACUUUCUCUAUCGUCGUUGAUAUGCUUAUCCGGCACAGCUCAGAGUUUGGCCGUCGCACUAGUAGUCGCUCACCACCCCAAAGCAUGGGAAGUUGGGUGGGACUCUAGGCUCCUUGCUCCAGUUUACACCGGUAUUGUAACCUCUGGAAUAACAUACUAUGUGCAAGGAAUAGUGAUGAAGACAAGAGGCCCAGUAUUUGUAACCGCAUUCAAUCCUUUAUGUAUGAUCAUCGUUGCUGCUCUUGGCUCCCUCAUUUUAGCUGAGAAGCUUUUUCUUGGAAGUAUACUUGGAGGGGUGAUAAUAGCAAUAGGAUUAUACUCAGUGGUGUGGGGUAAAAGCAAGGAUUACUCAUCAACCCAACAUUCAUCCAUUUCGCAAAAGGGUGCUGCUCAGGAAUUACCAAUUACAGCAACUGAUCUUCCAAAUAAUAAGAAUGAUGGAAUGUAAUUUGCUACUAAACAUAUUAAUUUGUGUUUAAUAAGCAAUUCUUGUAUCUAUUUUCCUCCAUCUUUUUUCUUCUUGGUUUUGUACCCUUUCACCAACUCGGUCAAUCUAAAAGUUGAAACAUUUCCGAUUGUAA